ACGCACCUCGUUUUUUUCGUGCGGCCCAGAACAACACUCGUAUAACCAAGCUCCACCUUCAACACCUUUCCUGGAUUAUUCGUUUGCCUAAUCCCGCCUCGAAAUUUAAUUCUGGUUUCCAUGAGUCUGGCCCCCUGACCGGAUUAACGCAAACGAAAUUGUUCCCCGUCACGUCCCCAUCAUCCUCUGCUGGUUUGUCGUCUCACAAUCCUCCGCCAACCCAAGCGCCUGGCCAGGCUUCCACCUCUCCAUCGUCGUCACUCGCGCGAGAUCCGUUACUUUACGCUUCUGCUGUCAGCCAUCACAAAAGCACCUGGAGUGACGGUCAGGAGGAGGUGACAGAUAAGCAUCCAGAGAUCUCCCAAGCAUCACCUUCUUAUAGCAACCAAGAUCCUGAGCCUCCCCCACCACCCUAUACCGAAUCUGCUUCCCCAAUCCGCUCGUUCACUUUCUGUAUGGCGGCCACCACAGGAUCCGCUUCUAUUAUUACGCAGGUUCAGCAAGGGGGGCCUCCCCUGACAACCCUUGGUGAUUCACCAAGUGAAGAGAAUCUCACUCUUGAUCUUCGAGGCACCAAAUUUGUUCUUUCCCGCGAUGAGCUCCUCACUCUCCCAGAGUUUGUGUUACUGUCUCUUUUCCCCAAUGGCCUCUUCCCCGAUGGCCAGGUGACUUCCUUCCCCGACGAGGGCGUGCAUUCGGUCGAUUUCGACCCUGUUUGUCUCCAGUACAUGUUGGAUUUCUUUCGCCAAGUGUCUUCUACGAUUACUGCUUCCAACAGCGGUCAUGAUGAUGCCGAUAUGGAGAAUGGCGCUUCCCCUUCUAUUCCCACCAACGUUCUUCAAGACCGGGCUGGUAUCAUCGUCCUCCGGGAGGAUCUUGACUUCUAUGUCAUCCCACCCCGUCGAGAUAUUUCUCAUCCUGAUAUGGCCUCUGUCAAGCGCAACGCGGGUAAACUUCUUUUAAAACAGGACGGUAUUUUUUCGGGCCUCAGGAGAACCGACGAUGCCGGGACGACUGAGCAGCAUCUUAUCGAGAUGUUGACUGCAGGUGGAUUCAACACGGAUGAUAGGUGGGGGCACCGAGCUGGCGAGCCGAAUAAAGCUGUCAUUUGCAGUCUUGCCCUCGCCAGGCUUAGGACCGACAUGAGAUCGGCGACAGGCGAGGGGAAGGACAGCAGCGCUGUCGGCAUGGCCCAGAAGCUGCUUCUAUUCUGGAGAAAACCUGCCAGACGAUGUUGGUGGGAAGGAAUGGACUUAGAAAACGUGGAGGGCGUGGAUGGUAGGCUAAAGGUUUGGAUUCGCCGCGUUUGGACGUUAGAAAUGAGUGUUAUCGGCUUGCGUUGACAAGGUCUCUUGAACCCACGACCACGCAUCAUCUCAGUUGCUGCGUCGGUCUAGAAUAUUUCUUGGCAAUAUUUGGCAUCUCGUCAGUGUAAUAAGUUGUUUCUUUCCCUUUAGCUCUUUUCUUGCUCUAUUCUAUCUUGUACUUGCGGCCUAUGUUCCCCCCCAAUCUCAUCUCACACGAAACAAGCGCCAACGAGAUGGAAAACUCGCGUCUUACGUUUGCAUCUCAUAGUGCAUCAAAGGCGUUUGUCAUCAUUUGA